AGCUCUGAAAGUUCAAGCAGUAGAGAAUUUACAACUUUCACAACAAGUCCGUAUACACUUGAAACCUCUCAACCCAUAGCGAUCCCCAGUGUCACUGCAAUAACCUCCAAAGAACCCUUUCCUUACCCUGACAUGGAGAUCUCUGGUAGCUCACCUGAAGAAGAUGAUUUGGAGACAAGUCCAGAUGGAUCUGGUGAGGAGGUAUCUAUUGAGACUACCAAAAAUCCCCAGGAUGAUUUUAUUGUUACAACAGAAGAGGCUGAAAUAGAUGAGGCUCAGAGUACUUCUCCACAGCUUACUGAAGAAAUAAUGUCAUCAACCCAAUCUCCACACAUGACCAGCACUGAGCCUGACAUUACUGAGCAGGGCAGUGGAGUCCUCACAGAUGAUUCUGCACUUGAGGAUGAGGGUUCAGGUACUGACUUCAUUCUGUCAUCCACAUUUGUACCAGUCACAAGUUUACCUGUGACUUCUACUACUCUGGCAGCUACGGAACGAACUGAGUCAACCCAUAAGUUUAUUACACAAAAGUCUGCUAGCUCUACAGCUUCUUCUAUUUACAGUACUGAGAAACCAACAGCAGAAUCUCCUGAAACACUUUUUUCUGUAGUGCCAGCUUUGAGUAGUUCUCCUCCGUCAACGGAUACAAGUUCAGUAUAUUCCGAAGAAGGUGUUUCAGAUGACCGUAUCACUGAUAUAUAUACUAAAGGGGAUAGUAUAAAUUUCCCUGUGUUCAGCACAAAUAAACCAAUAACAGCACCAACUCGUGAAAGUGCAUCUACUGAAAACAGAAGGAGUACAGCCUCUUCUCUCUUUAGCACAGAGAAACCUAAAACAACAACAGCAUUAUAUGAAAGUGCAACAACUAAUACGUCAAAAUCUACUGUAAAUGCUGCUUCUUCUCUGGACAGCACUGAGAUGGCAUCCAUUACAACAGAAUAUGCUACUGCCAGCACACAUUUGUCACCUACUGAUGGACCAACAUUAAGUACAGGUUUUACUUUGACGGAGGGAGAAAGUCCUGGGAACCAAACCAGUGAGUUGUUCACCUCAGAGCCACCAGUGAUGCCAAGUGUCACAUUUGGAGAAGCAACAGGUGAAACUGAAACCUUUGUGUCAGUCACACCAACCUCUGAUGAGCAGACUUCUUCACAAGAGAGUGAAAUUACUACAGAUACGGAAAGCCCCAUUACUUCUGAAGCAACAGAGCAUCCUGUUUCAGGCUCUGGAAAAGAUGAAGUUGCUGUGGCUGAGCACACAACACAGUCUUCCUAUACAACUAUGUCCUCCCCUGCAGUUGAAGCUUCAGUUAGUGAUCACACUAUUGUUGACUUUACCUCAGUAAGCUCCAGUAGUGAACAUAAGCAAGAUGAAAUCACAUCGAUGUCCACCCCAAUUCCAACAAUUGUAUACCACAGUGUUACGGAUCAACAGGUUGUGAUCAUUACUCCUAGCAGCAGCCAAGCCAACACCGACCAAACUGAACAAACACCUACCAUGGUCCUGCAUGUGUCUAAUCCUUCAACCAGCACAUCCAUCAUAUUCACAGAGGAGGCAAAAGAUGAAGAUGAACUGUUUUCUGCAGUUACAGACAGUAUGAAGGAAGACAACUCCACUCCUGAGCUUAUUACCAAAGAUGAUAUAAUCAUUGAUGCAGAUCAUAUCUCAAUAGUUCCUUCGUCUUCAUUUUACCCAACCAUACAGACAGAAGAAGCCGGAGGUGUGACAGCAAUUACAAUGACACAGAGGUUGGAGGCAACAGAAGAACCAGAGGGUUCAGGGAGUUUUAGUACCACCUUCUUCACCCCUACACCAAUAACUAUACAUGCAACUUCAGCAACUGACUCAUCUCUAGCCUCAACAUCUUCUGAAUAUCUACUGUCCCCUUCAGUAUCAUCACCUGUAGAAGGGGUUUCUACAGUCGAGACAUCCAGUGAAGAGAAAGUCACACUGUCACCACAGGCCACUCUAGGUACUGCUGUAUCCACAAAGUCAAGCUCUGAAGAGAGCUAUGAUUUAACAACGCCACAUACAAUUGUUUCUACUGAGACUCAUACCAAACCAGAUCCAGAGCUACCUCAUGAUGAUUUAUCAAGAGAGGACACUACUGAUAAUGCCACCGAGAUUUCCACCUCUUUGCCUUCACAAACAUUAACAGCUGACACAAGUAUUGUCACUCCAGUGUCCAGUGAGGAAUAUAUGUCCAGCACUGCUGAAAAAGAUAAAUCCAUGACCUCCUCACCCACCGCCAUAACAUCCACAGCUCACAUCAUAAAUGAUGAAACUUCAGACUCAUCCAUUUUGACACAAACCACAGUACCUUCAGUUACUGUCACGCCAUACACACCAGUAUCCACUGAACCUGGUACAGUGAACGCAACUAGUGAAGCUGCUGCUGAUGAUGACUUUUCAGUGGAAACCUUGGAGACAAUUUCAGCGUCCUCUAUGGAUGGAUCAACAGCACCUGAAAUCCCAGUAACCUCUACAGUCUCUUCAGUGUUUAGUACAGUAACAGAGCCUGUGACACAAGAAAAGGCUCCUCUGCACAGUACAAUGAAAGUGGACCAAAUGUCAUCCACAGCAACAGUAUCUCCUUCCUACCAUCCUGAUGAAUUUUCAAUGGCAAGCAUCACAGAUGUUGCAGGUGUGGGAGCCUCUGGAGCCUCAGAUACCACAUCUGCACCAUCUGACUCAGUGACAUCUGAAACUGUACAAACUCCAGUAUCCCUUUUGUUAAGCACACAAAAGCCCAGCACAAUCACACAAAAGGAUGACAAUCAAACCAUAGAGACAGAGAAACUGUCAUUGUCAGAAUCAGUUUCAUUCUCUACCACUGGAGUAAUGCCAACAACAGUACAUGAAGAAUCCCUCAAUAUGUCCACAGUUCCUGAUCUGCAAAGCACUUCAAAGCCCAAUGUCAUGGUUCAGUUUGUCACCACUUUUGCCUCCGAACCAUUUACAAAACAACCUGACGGGACCUUCCAGCAAGCCAGGUCUGAGAUUACGUUCACUCAUCAUCCCCACAUUGACAUCUCUGAGAAAACAGUGUUGGCCACAACCAGCCCAAUGUCAUCUAGUCAGGAGUCAAGCCAGGACUUAAACCCUAGUGAUGCGACUCCCCAGGCUGAAGUUAGAACAGCUGAAGCAUCAAGUCGAGCAUCUGUAACCAAAGGAGUUUCAACUGAUGCUGAAGGUGGCUUGGACAAAGAUGGAGAACUUCAGGAAACAUAUACUUAUUCUGGAAUAACUUCCCCUCCUAUGGAAAAAGACACACAGCCUUCUGAGGUUGAGUUGACAACUCCACAACUUGCUACUGACAAAAAACCCGAUGAAGAAACUGUAAUUGUUCAGACAACAUCUUCUAGAGUGUCACAGAGUUCAAGUGAACAAACUACAGAGGAAACAACUUUUUCACCUUCAGUACAAGGAAAAAAUGCUCCAUCUCCAAAGACAUCAACUUCUUUUGAGUCAGGACCAACAGAUUCUAAAAAUGAGGAGGCACAAGAUGCAGACCUAACAAGCACCCAUCAACCCACUGACAUUACCCAGACUGCAGAAAUCUCUACAAACUCAGAGACAAAAAUAUUGGCCACCACAGUACCUGCUGAAUACAUUUCCUCUGAGCCCACUUCAAAUGUGCUCUCAGCAACAGCAUCAUCACAGCCUGAUGUUAUGGUCCAAUUUGACACAACUGUGUCUCCUGUACAACCCCUAACAACUCCCCAGAAGUCAUCUGAACAAGUCAAGUCGGAGAUCACACUAACACACCGCCCUCACACGGAUCUUUCUUCUCUGGAUGUAUCGCUGAUCACAACUCACCCUAUGCUUCCAAGUCACGAAGCAAGCCAAGAGACAGAGAUAGAGACCGCAAGUGGUGAGGUCCCUGACCCAUUUCCAGAUACAAAUUUCCAAAUACCACUCAACAAUUAUGAGUUCACAGAUUAUCCAUCCCCAGAUUAUGAGUCACCAGACAACCAUGGACUUCAAUCACAACCUAACCCCGAUGAAAUGCCAGGCAGAGAAACAGUGGUCAUUACUACACUACCUGAUGUUUCUGAAACACCUGAGAAUCCACCUUUUAAUUCUGUGAACAGUUCUGAAAGUACCUCAGAAGAAAAUCCAACCAAACCACCUGUAGUAGCAGAAGCUAUCACUGUCAUGGCAUUAACUCCCAUCAGUACAGCGUCAGUCUCUAGCUCUGAGAGUGGUUCAGAAAGCAACAGCAGCUCAGAGGAAAGCGUGACUACAGCAAGCAUUGUUAAGCUGGAUGAUGGUGAGGUUGAGAACCACAGCUCCAAGCCUCAGUCUGUCACUACAAAGUCACCUUCCAUCCCUGACACUGGGACUGAAAGUGGAUCUGUCAACUCUGAGACUGUAUCUGUCAGCUCUGAUGGUGUAUCUGAAGAGUUUGUGACUACAAAGAUACCAAAGGUCAACAGUGUGGAACAACAGCCUCUAUCCCCAGAUGAAAUUCAGACUGUAUUCAAGGUAGAUGCUACGACAUCUUCAAAGAUGGAGCCUGUUAGUGCUGAUAGCAGUACUGAGGAAGAGGAAGUUGUGAGCAAAAUUAACACAGAUGUCUCUCUUCACACUGAAAUACCAACAAGGAAUGCACACACAGAGUUCACGACAAUGUCACCAGUUCAAGCACAAAGCCAGCUGGGGUUGGUUACACCCAAAACCACCACACCAUCAUCUUUUUCUGAAAAAAAUGAUGAACUUGACAGUGACUCAACUGCACCUCCAUCACUUGUUGAAGAACAACCACCAAUGAACGAGGGCACAACAACUGUCCCUCCUGAUACAGGACUUGAUUUGGGGCACACAGUUGUCGGCGAGACUGUUGAAAUUCCCGGAAUUCACUCAUGUACCGAGAACAUUUGUUUGAACGGCGGAUCUUGCUUCAAGACUGGCAGCGUCCAAGCAUGCAGCUGUGCUCCUGGUUACACUGGUGAUAGAUGUGAAACAGAUGUUGACGAGUGUCAGUCAAACCCCUGCCGCAAUGGAGGAACAUGUGUUGAUGGGGUGGCUUGCUUCACAUGUGUGUGCCUUCCAAGCUACUCUGGGCUGUAUUGUGAGGAGGAUACAGAAGACUGUGACUAUGGCUGGCAUAAAUUUCAGGGGCACUGCUACCGGUACUUCCCCCACAGGAGAAACUGGGACACAGCGGAGAGAGAGUGCCGCAUGCAGGGUGCUCAUCUCUCCAGCAUCUUGUCCCAUGAGGAGCAACAGUUUGUCAACCGUCUUGGACAGGACUACCAGUGGAUCGGCCUGAAUGAUAAGAUGUAUGACAGUGACUUCCGCUGGACUGAUGGCAGCCCUAUGCAAUAUGAAAACUGGAGACCCAACCAGCCCGACAGUUUCUUCUCUUCUGGCGAGGACUGUGUCGUGAUGAUAUGGCAUGAGGACGGCCAGUGGAACGAUGUUCCUUGCAACUAUCAUCUCACCUUCACCUGCAAAAAGGGCACAGUGGCCUGUAGUCAGCCUCCUUUGGUGGAGAACGCCCGUACCUUUGGUAAGAAGCGUGAGAGGUAUGAGAUUAACUCGCUGGUGAGGUACCAGUGCCGGCAAGGCUUUAUUCAGAGGCACAUCCCAACAAUCCGCUGUCGUGGGGAUGGACGAUGGGAUAUCCCUAAAAUCACCUGCAUGAACCCAUCGGGCUACCAAAGGACCUUUAUCAGAAGACAUCAACACAAUAGUCUCUACAGCAUCAACAACUUCAAAAAAUGGCAGGAUGAGCCCUUCCGCUUUCACCACCAGCGCUACCGGGGAAGGAGAGACAGAACUGAAAAUAAGCGGAAGAGACAGUGAAUGCCAAAAAAGCAUGGCACAGCUUCCCAAAGACGAGAACACAUGCCUGAUGCUUGUGUGGAGAGACGCAAAGGAAAAUAAAGCACAAGAGAAAACUCAUUAAAGAAACCAAGAGGAUAACCUGCAGUUUUCUUGCAUUUUGGAUAACGAUGGAAUCUUAUGAAGUGCCUUUUAUAGACGUUGACUUUUCUUAUCAAGGGGCACUGUUUUAUAACAGUGUCAAUGUGGAUUCAGAAACCUUUCAGCUGGCUACUGGAAAAGAAAAAAAAAUACUGUCAUCAUUCUUUUUUUAAACUGUUUUUUUUCUAUGUCCUGAGCUCAUCAAAUAAUACAUUCGUUACUGUUUUCUAAUACCUUUGUACACCAGCUGUGCUAUUUAAAAUCACUGCGAGUGUUCCUUAUUCCUAGAAAGAAAUCUGUUGUGAAAUUAUAGCGCUUAUGUUAUGUAAAGAAAAUCAAUUAAGUUGUCGUGCUGUUUUAAGCUGGACUUCCUUCUAAUGAGCAUGCAUGCAUAUGCAUUUAUAAUGAAGUCCUCAGACUUUUAACUAUGUUUAAUGUAUGUCAAGAGAGCCACAUGUGGCUUCUCAGAACACAAACAGAGGUGAUUAUGCAAAGGACUCAUACUCUAGUUUACAUUAUUUAAAUAUUGUAUCACAUACAUAGAACUAUAAACUUUUGUACUGAAUCUUUCUCCGGUCUUCAAUCCUAAUCAACAGAGGCACCCAUCAUAUACUGAAACAUGGUUUCAAAGCUUUGUUUGUGAUCGUAUUUCAGAUUCCAGAUGAAUAAUUCGCAAAAGUCUGAAGUUUCAGCAAAUCGCUGAGUUAUCAGCUGGAGAUUUUUCUUUGUGGUGGCAGCUUUCAAAAUAUAAAAUGACCACCUUUCAAUCGCUCCUGCCUUCAUUGGAUGUAAUCGAUGUCAAGUUUAAUGUUUGUAGAGAGAUUUCUAAAGAGAGGAUCUUUAAAAUGUUAUUUCUUUUGUAUGGUACAAUUUAAUAUGAAAGAUUGCUCUCUAAGUACUUAUCGACAAAGCCUUUAUCCACAGAUGGAAAUUGAUCCAUGAACUAUUUUAAAAUGAAAGAAGGGAAGUGUGGCUCCAGUAGCCUGUAUUUUCUGCUCGUGUAUGUUCAGCGCAUCACUUACAGUUAGUUGCUGCAGCACGUUUACAAUAACUGUAGUGCUGUUCAUAAUCUCACACCAAAGAAUCUUGCUCUCAUACGUUGCUGUUGUGCUGUAGCUCAUCAUAGUUUUCUAACUAACGCUUUUUCUUCACUCAACUUUUGUGUUAUUGUGGUCAAUUAAAAUCACACAUUGAGAGAAUGUAUUUUGUGAAACACUCAAAAAAAAAAAAGACUUGAACGUAACAGCUGUUUAGGCAGACAUGCAUAUAAUUUAUUUUCAAGCUGCUCUUGAUCUCCUUACUUGUUUCAUACUGAAAGGUAAAAUAUGAUGCUGUCACUUGGCCCAGCAGUGCUCUUCAUAUAUAUUUUAUCGUAUGUUCAACAGGAGACCAGCCACACUCACAGACUGUCUAAAUGGGAUGCAUUAAGGAUGAAAAAUGACCUGAUAUGCAAGACGUCGAUUUACAUGUUUUUACAUCUUUAAUGCCGACGGUGGACCAAAGAACACGGAGGACCACAUCAGCAAUAAUCUGCAAUAAUUUUGUUCUGUAACAUUAACAAAACAUUUGUACAUGUGGAUGGUAACACGUUUCUCCAGCAUUUUUUUUUUAAUUUUUUAAAUGGGGAAAUGUUAUUUUGUUGUGCCUGUGAAUGUCUGUGUGUGUGUUUUUUUAGCCCUAAUGUGCACAUAAUAUCAUUUUAUAUUUAUAACUUUUAUUUUAUUAUUUUUUUUUAAUUUUACAAUGUGAAUGUCUGGGAUGUUUGUGAAUUAUUUUUGAAAAAGAUCAAACUGUUUUUUUUUUGUUUUUUUUCCUGUUUUA